AUGUCAACUCGAGACGUGACAGAAGGGCUGUCCAGCCUGCAACUGUCCUCAUCGGAUCCCGCCAUAGCCUGGCAUCGCUUGAAAACUCAAGUCCAGGAUGUCGAGCUCACAGGAAGACUCAUUAUUGUUGGCGAUGUACACGGCCAUCUUGCCGAGUUAAAGAACUUGUUACAAAAAGUCUCCUAUGACAAAAAGAAUGGCGACCAGCUCAUUUUCGUCGGCGAUUUGAUCAACAAAGGCGCUGAUAGCCCCGGCGUCGUGCAGCUGGCGAUGGAUUACGAUGCCCUCGCGAUACGAGGGAAUAACGAAGACCGUGUUCUCGCUGCCUACAGCGCAAUCAAACGAGGCCAAGACUCGAAGCUCAUCGGGAAAUGGAAGCAAUUGGCUUCAGAGGCUGAAGAGAGUCAGAAAGUCGAAAAUAAUGGCAGUGAUCAACCAGCUGCUGCUGCGCCCAAAGAUGACCUCAGAUCGGUGCCACGAGAAGACUUGAAGCCUUAUAUGGCUGAAAGUGACUUUACAACCGCCGCCAACCUGUCUGAAAAGCAUAUCACAUGGCUGGCUUCUCGGCCAUUGAUCCUGCGCAUAAAGCUACCGAGCGAAGAUACAAAGCCGCCUUGGAAUGCUGGAACCCUCAUUGUCGCGCACGGCGGUGUGGUUCCUCAUGUUACUCUGGAAGAACAAGAUCCAUGGGCAGUCAUGAACAUGCGCAGCCUCGUUUAUCCCGAUGCUAAAGGCAGUAUAUCCGAAGCUGUCAAGGCUGAUAUAAUCAAGGGAGCCAAGAGCCGUGUGAGAAGAUUCGCAGCUUUCCAAGAAGCUUCAGACGAAGAGAUCCAAGUCGAGCUGGCCAAGUUCGCUGAUGUCGUCAAAGACGGGGAAGGCUUCAGUGGAGAGCAGAAAGAAGGCGUGGUUGGAUUUCCUCUUGAAUGUCGCGAUGCCGAUUGGUGGAUUGAUGCCUGGAACCGAUGGCAGAAUUCUAUUGAGGAUCACGAGCAGCGAAGUAUUGUUGUCUAUGGACAUGAUGCUAGAGUUGGACUGCAAGUCGGCGCUGAAGACUCCCAAGUUGCAAGAUAUACCUUUGGUCUCGAUUCUGGCUGUGCAUAUGAAAGAAAUUUGACAGCUAUGGUUGUUGACAAGAGUGCGAAUGGCGGGUUAUCCCAUGAGAUAAUCCAAGUCGAUGCUGUUAAGAAGGCUGAAGACAAGCCAGAGGGGUCAUUUUGA